AUGAGGCCAAAGAGAAAUAAUGGCUCCAAGAAGGAAUUAAGUGCUGGUGAACAAAAGAUUUUAGAUACCAUUCAGCAAGACAUAAUUGGACGUUACUUUGAACCUGCUAUUGGGACCGGAGGCUUUGAAAUAUUAUCUACCCUACGUUAUGAUCCUUCAUUCACCCAUCUGUUCCCAGAACAGCAUCACCAACACCAUAGUCAAUCGCAAAAUGACCAAGAAGCUGCCAAAUUGAAUGAAAUCGAUACCAGAUUACAGACCAUGGAUUAUAACGACAACAAUUUAUUCGCAUUGCCAGAGGAAACUGAUAGUGGUAAAUUCGAAGAGUACAUCGGUGGUAUAAAUGACAGUAGUAGUACCACAGGUGAUAUAUCGCUAAUGUCUCUAAUGAAUGAAUGCAUGGGAACCCAAGGCUCAAGUCCACCUGAAACAACUUUAACAGGUUCAACACCAUCAGAGGAAGAGCUCUAUCCGAUUUUUUACCAACGAUUUUUGCUAUUGGGAGAACAUUUUAAACGUUUAAACCUUUCGCUAGAGUUCUUCAAAUGGGGGUUUCAAGUGCCCAUUGAUCUAUUACUAGAGAAUCUAAUACGAGCUAUACCUGACUAUCAUGAAGUGGAAGAUAUACGAGAAAAGAUGCGUCUAUUGAUCGAAGUACGUAACUGCUACAAAAUGAGAGUUUUAAUCUACGACAGCGGUAAGAUGAGAGUGGAAGCUCAUCCCAUACCAUUACCGCCACCACCUGCUUCACCGACAGAUUUCACACUUUCCACAACCCAUUACUUCAUAUCCAAUAUUUUAGGUGGAUUUAUACCUAAUAUUCCUUCCAACUGGGAUGUAUUCGUUGAUACAGAACCCACCAAGAUAUCACCGUUCACUACCUUCAAAACUACUUACCGCCAACCUUACAGUGCAGCUAGACAGAGAAUGACACAAUUGGCAGAAAAAUAUGGAACUAACAAAAAAUGUGAAAUUUUGGUUUAUAACGAUACAUUUCAACUGAUGGAGGGGUCCAUUAGUAGUGUGGCUGUCAUUAGAUACAAAGAAGAUGAUCCAACUCAAUUCAGAUUCAUUACUCCACCGUUGGCAAGUGGUUGUCUCUGCGGGACAAUGAGACGUUACUUGCUGAAAAAGGGACUGAUAGAUGAACAUCCCAUUGACGUUCGUGAUCUAUGUGAUGGUGAACAAGUCAUUCUUCUGAACGGUGUGAUGGGUUGUGUCAAAGGGACUAUUAGACAGUCAUAUCAAAAACCUACAUAA